AUGUAGAGUUUGUAAUCUGAUCUAAAAUAUAUAAGAGAUGCUCUUACUCUACUAAUUGAUAAACUCUUACCCUAUAUAGAACAAAAGCAAAUACUAUAAUUUUGCAAGUCGUUGAAGAAUAAAGUAGCUGACGAUAAAGUUACUGCCUUUUCGAUAUACAUGGAAACUUAAAAAGGUUUUGAAGCAAGUUAAGUAAAAGCGAUUAAGUUGAAUAGUACAUCGGAUGAGAAGUUUACACUUCAAGUUCUCACUAAAAUAAGGUAGGCUUAGACUGAGUUCAAGAAUAAUACUCAGCAAUUUGCAUCUAUUUAUAACUCAGUGAAAGAGAAUGUCGAAUCGGUUUAUGUUUCUAGCCAAGAAUUAUAGACGAUGAUGAAUGAAAAGUAGAUCUAGAAUAAGGUGGAAUCAAGAUAAGAGGAAAUACGACGGGUCUCGAUAUAUAGCAAAUAAAAUAGAUAAAAAACAGAGUAAGAUAUAUCUGAAGAGAAGGCCAAAAAGUAUAAAAUUGAGGUUAAGCCAGAAUAAAAUAAGGAGAUCAAAUCAGAUAACAAUAAAUUGGGUUAAAAAGUUGAGUAGAAAUCUGAAAUGAAAUUGGAGAAGGUGGAGAAAUCAGAUUCAAAAUAUUCAUUCGAAGGAUCUAAGAAAGAUAUAAGUUCAACUCAAGAUUUAUUAUAAAACUAAAGAAUUAUUCAUUAAAAUUAAUCGCAACAGUAAAUUAAAUUAGAGAAACAGCAAGUUUAGUUGUCUCCAAUAAAUUAUUAACAAGUAAAAUCAUAAAACAUAUCGUCUCAACCAUCGUUUAAUUAUCUCCAUACACAACCUCAUUCAUACACUCAGGUGCCUUUAUCAAUGAACUCUCUAACAAAUAACUUCACUUAUGUGCAACAAUCAUCCUAAUCCUAAAAGUAAAUUUUAUAUACCUAAAGUGAUUAAAAAUCGAAUUCCUAAAUGGGAGCCUAUGUUCCAAAUUAUGAUUUGUUGGCUAGAGUGGACCAAUUGCUUUCAAAGACCAAGAGUAAUAUUUAAACCUAAAAUACGACUCAUUGUUUAACAAAUAGAAUAUGA